AUUGUUGGCAGCGGCGAAAGUUCUCGUUCACGGAAAAACGAAUAAAAAAAAAUAAGAAAAAACCGAAAAGAAAAAUUGGUUGGAAUGGAGAAGAGUUUACGCUUGAUGGGGUAAGGGUUUCCAAUUUUCUUGGGGUUUGGGUUUGGGUUUGGGGUUGAGUUUGGAUCUUCUUCGUUUUGUUAGAAUAACUUGGAAGCAGCAUCAUAAUUUGCUGCCAUUUGUCGCUGACACAAAAAAAAAAAAAAAGAAGUAAAACAAGGAGAAGAGAAGACAAGAAGUGUGUUUUUGUUGCACCUAAUGACUGUUGGGGAAAUUUGAUAACGCGUGGCGUUUUUUGGGCGCCAAGAACUUUAUCGAAGGGGGAGGCCAAAAGUGUUCCCGGAAAUUCAGUAGAAUAUUUAAAUAAAUUUUUGACAGAGUAACUCGGCAAACAAAACGAAAAGUGAAUGGAAAAACUUUUACAGCACCUCCCCAUCCCAGCCCAUUUUCAUUUGCUUUCUGGCUUAAUUUUCUCCUCGUUUUUUUUCGCUCUGUUUUCUUUUGCGAAGGGGCUGCUUGGAGUUGUUGCACGUGUCCUGCGGAUCCAAGGAUGCGAUCGAAGGUCUAAGGACGUGCCCGAUGAUUUGGCAUAUUCAUCAAUGGCAUCGAAAUCCGGCAAGAGUUUGAAAUGUGAGCAGAGCGUUUUUGCAUGCCGCUUAUCUUGGAGUAAUAGAAAUGAAGCUCAGCUACAUUUUAAUCAAAUAUUUUAACCAAAAAAUGUAAUUUAUGAUAUAGUUUUAUGUGGUUGCUCACCCAAUGGUCCUUUCUUUGAUAAGAUAAUAUUUAUUUAUUUAUUCAGCUUGGAAUACAUUUUGAGAAAACCCCAAAACUAUGCGACAUCUUUUCGCAGUGCAUCUUCAUCUCAGUUCGCUGGCAUUUUGAAUGCGAAUUCAAUUCGGCUCGCAAGUGGGUCAAUAGUGACGUCAGCAGGUGGCAAAAAAACAAAAUAAAAAAAAAAAUGAAAAAAUGAAAAGCCUCCUACACACAUACAAACAAGGAAAGGGUUUUCAACUUGAGCGAUUGCUUCCACUUGAGAAGCCGUUUUUUGUUCGCUUCUCGACGGCUUUUCUCACAGUUUUCCUCGCAUUUCCGCAGCAAUCUCAAUCGAUGCCAAGUUGGGCUGCAAGUGGAGCAGGUUAAGUGCAAAUCCUUGUAAGGAUAUGCCAUCGAUAGUCCCCUGCACGUACAUAUAGAUAUACAUAUAUGGAUAUAUAUAUAUAUAUAUACAUUUACCAUAUAGAGUCUGCGAAUGUUUGAAAAUCGCGCUCAACUCGCGUGUAAAACGCGUCAUGCAAUUAUCAAAAGUGACAGACAAGUAAUGAGAAAGAACGAAAGGUACAAAUUGAACCGGAAAAUGUGUGGAAUUGCACAGUAAAUUUGGGAAAAAUGAUACGAAAUGACCCUGCCAAAUUACAAUGAAUUAUGUAGAAUAAAUAAAUACUGAAAUAACAGGCUUUUCAGCAAAUUAAAAUGCUUGAAUCUUGGGUUUUAAACGUUUUUUCCAUACCUUUCUUUUGAUUACGGUUGCGUGUUAAUGAAUUUCACAUUUUUGGCAUCAUUGAAUUUGAAUGUGAUUUUUUAUAGUUUUUUCGCCUCUUCUGGAUUCAAAAAAAGUCGAGCAUACAUAAAAUAAAAUCGCGUGGCUUUUCCACUUUACCCCUCAUCCUCUGAGCCCCUGACCUCCUGACCUGACAUUUUUGACACUCUAUUGAAAUGGAUUUUUGAGUAUUUCACAGGACUCAAUACGAUUCCAUUCGAUUCGAUUCGAUUUGUGUGUGCCAUUGGUAAUGUGGGUAAUGUGUGGAGACUUUCAAACACUGCCACCCACUAAUGCCACCCACUAAUGCCACCGCAAUGACCUUGAUGGCACGCCCAUGUCAUGCCGCCUGCCCCUGACAGCCUCUCGAAUAGAAUCGAAUCGAAUCGAAUCGAAUCGAAUCGAAUGGAAUGGAAACGAAACGAACGGCAUUAGCCAUAGGAAUCGAGGGGCAAUAUUUGAUAUCCACUUGCAAUUAUGUCAGCACAAACUGACAGGCCACAGCUCGUUGACUUUUCCAGAAGCGUAGGGCCUUUGUCGCAUUAGGGGUAAUGAGGGGGUUAUUCUAGGGGGAUUCGAUAAUAUGCCCGACUCUGGCCAAAUCGCACCGAGGUGCUAAGGCAACGGCAGACCCACUCAAAGUCAACAUAAAGUGGCCGGGAAAUUAGGGCAUUUAACAUGCGGCUGGUAAAAAGAGCGGUUGGGGCGAAAAAAAAAUAUAUAUAAAAAGAGAGCAAACAAGGCCAAAAUGCGCUAAAUACUUGUCUCAAUAAACGAGAUUGUUGUGCAGUUUGUCUGACGUUCAACUACCCUAGGAAAAUACCCACAUGAAAAUACCCUCUAAAAGAAACAGUCUACAUUUCACUUGUGUGUGUGUGCAAGCUUACUAGAAAAACAAUAGGCAACUCCUAGUUUUGUGCACAAUAAACAGAAGAAAAUGUAUGUUUAAGUUGCACCAUAAACAUAAGAAAAUGUAUUUUUAAGUUGCACAAUAAACAUAAGAAAAUGUAUUUUUAAGUUGCACAAUAAACAUAAGAAAAUGAGAGUUGGCAGCUGUAAAAACCAAAUGCAUUUUUAUUUGAGUAUAUAUCUUAUAUCCCUUUUAAUUGAAUUUUUAGCCGUAUGCUCAUAGAGUUUGCCCAAAUCCACAGACCCCUUAAAUUGCCAAUUGCCAAUCAAGCAUCAAAAAUCCACAAACAACAUGGAAACUAAUCUUCGUCAAUGGAUGAAUGGAUUUUCUUUCAACGCCAAAAAACCUCUUCUCCACAUUUUUGUGUGUGUGUGUGUGUUGGGGCCCUAAAUGUAAAAUAGAAUAAGUGCUAAAUGGCUAAGCACAUAACAACAAGUUGGGGAUAAGGCAGCAAAUGGGAAAUGCUGAAUUCAGCGAGGGCAGUUAGACGCCUCUUGGUAAUUUGAAACUUGUUAUGGGCCAGGUGCUAAUCAAUUUUUAAGCAGCUUCAACAACAAACAAGAGUCCCCCUCUCCGCAUUUCCCUUUGAUUUUUUCGUCGUCUUCGUCUUUGUCGAUGGCAAGUGAAGAAAUUUCCAUUCGCUCAGUUAGAAAUCGAGUUCAGUUGUUCGUCAAUUUCCAACUCGAGCGGUUCUGCAAGCAUAGAAAUUAGUUUUUCAUAUUUUUUUAAGUGCCCCAAAGUCUGAAGUGUUUUGAAUGUCUCGUUUUCUCCUCGUUAGACAAAUAAUGAAUUUGGCAAGAUGUCGGAAUAGCUGAGAGCACAGCGGAUCGAGCCUUUGAUCGUCCGAAAAAAUGUGAAUAUUUUUUAAAAGCGGCUAUGCCUCAUCUAGUCAAUUGCAUUACUUUGACUCUAUCAGCGUUGGAGGCUAAUAAUAUUAUUUGCACAGUGUACGAGUAGUUAUUAUAGUGACAACGGGGCCAUGGUUCAGUAAGUAACUCAGGUAAAUAAAUUUAAGGUAUUAAUCCUGUUAAGCAAAGGAUUUCUUUUUAGUCUUUUAAUAUUUGAUAAUUGCUCAUCCUACGGCAAAUUCAAUUGUUCGCCAGCUUAUUGGUGAAAUUAUGCAGGACAUGUUGAAACAUGGGGUCUAUUUUGCAGGGUAUUUGCUGAGCAUAAUGCUCAUUAGGCUCAUUACAUGCCUGCCAAGCGGCUUACAAUGGAUGGAAGUGGCAAACAGUGUGGGAUAAACACCGGAUUACGCCCACACUGAUUGCACUUUCACAGGAUUUGUGGGUGUGGCAGUGUGGCAGGGGGACAGGGGGUAUCCGUUAUCUCAUCAGCUCUCAGCUCUGAGUUCUCGGCACUACGCACAACAAUGGACUGCAGUUUAUUGUAAUAUCCAUUGAAAGACCCAACAGCGAAUGCAAUCAACAUCCGUCUGGGGCCUUCUAACUUUUUCCAUUAACACACAAAAGGAACGUCAGUCCACCUCCCCACUUUCCUCUCUCCCCCCCCCCUUCCUGAUGUGUAUUCGGAUAUAUCCUGGAUAAAUACUAAAUAUAUAUAUAUAGAUAUUGUAAUGAGUGCUUGACAGGGACCUUAGUUGCCAUAAGUUUUCGGCACACAUCUAGAAGCGCUGAGCGUUCAUCGUCACAAACUUGGUGGCGUAAUCUCUGCGUCUCCACUAAUUAGCCAAGUCGCUUUCAAUUGCGAAACUUUUCAGUUAACUCGAAUAAUGCCAAGAUGAAUGUUGACGUUUAGAUAUAUAUAUAUAUAUAUAUAUGUAUAUGCUAAACACUGAACUAGGAGAAAAAAAAGGGUAUGGGUUUAAACGCUCCAUAAAUAAUGCCACGCCGAAAAGUUCAAGGAGUGCUGCCAUAAUUGACUAAUCUAGAACUAAGUUAAGUGAUGCCACGAAUAAAUUUUGCCAUGUGCGUCAAGGAAAUAUAUACAUAUAUGUGCAUGCCAUCUACGAUUUUCUCAUUUUGCUUGGGUUUAGCAUUUCAAUUUCGGGAGCAAACAAGCUGGCCCAUUGAUAGCCCAUCGUAUCUGAUAUCUGAUUAACUUGUCCCAAAACAGAAUGUCAGCAAACACUUUCAACGUUGUGUGCUGUUUGUUUGUUUGUUUGUCGCCGAGUGUGGGAACUUCUUCCCCUCUUCCUGCCCCCAAAAAACACCGACAUGCAAUAACAGGCGAAACAAUAACACCAGAAACACCAGUAACACCAGAAGCACCAGUAACACCAGAAACACCAGUAACACCAGAAGCAGCCACCCUGGCCAGAUGACAAGUAACUCGGGCCAAAGCGAAGGGCAAACAACAAUUAAGCGCAUAAACUGGGGGAUAAUCCUGCCAUGGGGCCAACUAUGGAGCACUGAAUACUGGGAUACUGGGAUACUGCGGUACUGCGGUACUGUGAUACUGGGAUCUGAGCACUGGGACAAGCUGGAAAAAAACAAUUUCCAUAAACAUUAACAAAACCGUUUCGGUAGCAUAAUCAAGUUCAGCAUCGAGUUUCCAAGUCUCCGGCAGACACAAUCUAAUUGUAAAUGAUGUGGGACAGUGUUGCACACUGGCGUAGAAAUUAAACACAAAUUAUGCCAUAUUAAUAUUAUCAAUAAAAUUAAAUUACUAAAUAUGCAUAAUUAUUAUCAUAUUUUGUAUCGCUAUAAAAUAAAUAAAUAAAUUAUGUUUUAAUUGUUGAUGAAAUCCUAAUCUAAACCAAAAUCAUUUUAUAUUUGCCUCUAGCAAUUAAUAUAAUCAAUUUUAAUUAUAACGAAUUAAAUUAUAGAGCUAUUCACACGUCCGCCACUGUAUGUGUACACUGUUGGAAAAACUUUGUCCGGAACGGAAGAGAACGGCACGGCACAAAAGUGCAAAAUUGAUCGGCAUUAUUCAAUGGGAUUUAUGUAUGCAGCCCCGAGUGGCCGAAAAACUUUUAUUUAUUUACAAUUUGUUGCCAUUUGUUUCAGUUGGCCAACUUUCGCAAAUGUCCCUGGGACAGUGGCUGCAAAAAGUUAGCUGACUAAACACUAAACACGCCGCAAAUUUAUGCCGCUCAACUUGGGCACCCAACUUUUCAGUCUCCAUUUCAGUUUUCCGAUUCAGUUUCCUUAGCCGUUUUAUUAUGUUUAUUUUCAUUUGUUUUUUUUUUUGUUUUUUUUUUUUUCGUUUUUGUGCCUCAACGUGUUAUUUAUUUUCAGCACUUGAAUAAAUGUAUCAGUUACACAUGUGUGAGUAGUGGCUACGGCCUUGACUGAAAGUGGGUGGCAUGGGGUGAAAGUGUAUGAAACUGGGUGAAAGUGGGUGAAAGCAGAGCGAAAGCAGGGCAGGAGCAACAGGCGAAUGAAUCAUGGGUGACACAUGAGUGUGGCGCCGCAAUUGAGUUGUAAUUCAUUUGCGAAUGGAUGCAAAGUUCUCGGUGCGAAUGAGCAAUUGAAUGGCAAAUAAUUCUCGCCGCUUCUCGGGAUUAUUCAUUGCAUCCAUUUCAAGGAUUUACCGGGGCUCAAAAGGUGUCGAGUUAUGCGACCUUUAGAUAUGCAACAUUUGUCUGCGGUUUAAACUCUGUUGGUUUAAAUAUCUAUUGGUUUAAACUUUUAUGUUAUAUGCGUUUAAAUGCAGAUUAUAUUUAGCUUAAAAUCCUUUUCGCAGGAAUAUUUAGCUUAAAAUCCUUUUCGCAGGAAUCAAAGUUUGGAAAAAAUGUAACAAAAUAGUGUAGCCAUACAGUUCCACUGAAAAUUAAACUACAAGCUCAACGAGGUAAUAGUGUUUAUGCUUUCGCAUAAAUUGAGCGUAAAUUGCUUAUUGCAUUGUUUGCGCAAAUUACUUAAAUAUUAAACAAUAAUCUACAAUUAAAGUCUCCUUUUUGGUCCCCGAAUCAAAUUACCAAUGCAAUGCAAUAUUUUUUACGAAUGUAAUUAAAAAUGAAUUGCUUAAUAAGCAAAUUAAAAUACGUAAAAUGCAGUCGGUGGAGCACUUGCAAUGCAUAUGCAAUAUGCAUAUAAAAGUCGAACUGAAUAAUUGAUAAGUGACUCGAUGGGCAAACCAUUUGUUGCUCAAAUAUGUUAAUGGACAGGAUGGUGGAGCAUUGGGAUAUACACAUGUCGAUUUUUCGUCUGAAAUAUGCAAUGAACCAAUGAGAUCGACCGACGCUCAUCCGGUUGUCAGGAAAAUCCAAAUCGCUGGAAAAUUGUGCUCGAAAUUAGGUUUAGGUUUGCCACAUUUAAUGGGCAGCGCCCGAGAGUAUACAAUAUUCAUGGGGGCACUAAAAGCAUCAAGAUCCCAGGGAAUAAUGCUCGUAUCGUAUCCAACUGGCUGAGUGUGUUGUUCGGUAAUUAUAAUGAAUUAAUAAACAUAACGCAUAAUGCGACACAAAAGUGGCGGACGGAAUGCCGACCAAGUUACAAUCCCCCUCCCUUUCAUCUGCUGUAAAAUGAAAAACCCGGCAAAAGUCCAAACGACAAUUGCACUUGUAAUUUGUGUCAAUUAUUCAGCGCACUCAUUCGCAGGCAGGAAGCACUGAAAACAUUUCGCAAAUCGACUUUUCUCUAUAUUUUUUUACCCGCUAACCGGGCUGCACACACACACUUUCACACUCAAAAGAAAAGCGCUUUUCCAGUUAUUGCCGAUUUAAUUAAUUUGUAUUUGCCAACUCAUUGUGUUCAAGCAGCUAAAAAUAUCAAAGUUUUACCACGUAAAUUCCUUUGCAACAAAAAUGCGUUUCAACAACAAAUGAAAUUGACUGUCUUCUCUUAUUAUUUUUGGUUGAAUUAAUGUUUGGUUGCAUGUCACAACAAUGAAGCAAAGUGACAAAGAAUAUUAUUUUAGCUUGAUUAAAUCUUUUCCCUGCAAUGAUUUUCAUCAGAUGCAGUCACAAAUGAAAUUAACUGUCUGCACCAAUUAUUUCAGCUCGAAUAGCUAUUAAAGUCGAUUAAGUUAAAGAAUUGUUUUUUAACUCUUUAAUGCAUACAAUUUGGUAUUAAUUAUUCAAAGAGCAGUCAGAUAAUAUGGCAUAAGUUCUUCUAUAUGUUUUUAAAGUUUUCUGAAUUUCAGAUGGCAUUUGGUUGGUCAUUUUCCUGUUUACUUGCCAGCCAUUUUGCUCUACUCUCGCCACUCGGAAUCAGCGUUAACCUAUAAUUUUGCCCACGGCUGUCUGGUUCCGUUAAUGCCGGGGUUGAGUACUCGCACUCGUUCUCCGGCUAAUUAAAGUCACGGCCGGACUCACUUGGUCCCCGGACAUUGGCUUCUGUUCCUCUGUCCCGCUGCUCGUUGCAAUUAAUUCCAACAUAAAUUUGCACUUCUCAUCACAGAUGUGUGUGGGUGUGUGUGUGUGUGUUUUCCACAACCUCCUUACCCCAACAGCAACUAGGAUUCCCCAUAAAACCACACUACCAUACCACGACACCACCAUGAAGAGCACCAUUUCACACAUCUGAGUGACCUUGGGCGUGGCAGCGCCUCCGUUUCCGUUUCCGUUCCGCUCCCAUUCCCGUUACCAGUGCCGUUCUAGUGGCAAAACCCCAACUGUUGCACCUCGAUGUUAUUAUUGCCGUUGACCCAAUUUGCCACCUCUUCCUGCCGCAUCACUCGCAGUGCCAAUAAAUUUUCAUACGAAACAACACGGAAUAUAUGCAUGAAAGACAAAGGUACGAGGGCCGACAAUUUAAUGGCCACGUGCACGUUGCUCCCUUUCGAGUUUAAUAUUUUUCUCUUUUAUCUUUUAUUUUAUUUUUUUUGUUUUUUUUUUUUUUGGGCGUACUACAUCAUAGUCCCGAGUUCAGGGUGAUUAAAUGAAAUUUACGAGUACGUCGUAGCUACUGUUACUGUGUGGGUUUUGCAUAGGUUCGAAUAGGCUGCGAAUGCUGUCAGAGAUUGAUGUGCUGCGUUGUGUUGUGCUGUGUUUUGUGUUUUGUCCUGCCGUUUGGUCAAUUUGGGAAUUUCGUCCAGGGACCUGGCUGCAAAUCCAUUAUUAACUGGCCUACGCUGCGUAUGCGUGAUAUGCGGGAAUACUAGUUCUGGAUAAUUGUCGAAUCGCCAGAUGUUCGUAGUUGAUUAUGAACGCUGGGAAUUGGUGGCAGAAGUAAUUCGCCAGCUGUCUAUUAACUGGAUCACGUGGCGUAUGCGCAAUGUGUAAGUGGCAUAUGCAAAUUUGACUAGAUUCAUGCCAAAAAAAGAGUCGAAAUUUUGCCCAGCAUUAAUCAACAAGUCCUUCAAAGUCCAGCUUCAGUCAGGAUUAGUAAUGAGUAAAUGUAUUCAGAGGGAUUUCGCCGAAAGCUUUUGCUUAGUGCGAAUUCCGAGAAGCGCUUUAAUUGAGUUUCUUAUGUUCCUAUAAGGAAUUUCAAUUAGUUGGCGAAGAUGCGAUUAAAGCUUCUUAAAGGCUUGAAAUUCCAACGAAUUUGAGACUUUUGUAGUCAAUCUUUAUUAAAUAUCUUUGUGUAUAAUUAACUUUAUAAAAUCCCUCCGUCCGUCCAAAGAUAUCCAUUUAUUAAACUGACAAUGGCAACCUCAAUCGUAAGCUCAUACUUUUGCAUGGAUUACCACACAUUUGCAGUAACCCAACUCAUCAGAAAAUCCUCAACACUGGUCCAUCGGACUUUUGCUGGUUUUUGCUUCUUUUGCCGCCUGUCGAGUCCUGUCGAUGGGAUGUUAUUCAAAAUCCAAUAAUAAGCCCAACAAUUAUGCAGGACAGGCAAUAAAGUGCAAAGCAGCGUGUUCCCCACAGUAAAUACAACGCCAGGGAAAUGGCGACGAAAUAAAUGUGAUGCGAUGGUCCAAAACUACAACUGACAGCACGAGGUGGUUGGGGGGUUUCAGGGGGGAAAUUCAGCGAGGAAAAAUCGAGGAGAAUAGAGGAAAAUGAAGAAAGGAGAGCCUGGCUGGUACCAUGUUUAUGAGCUGCAAUGGCGACGCGUUGACAGCUUUUGGUCAGGACAUCGUUUCGUAUACCCCAUAUCCUGGGGGCUUUCCUCACAUUUUCCACUUCUCAUUUUCUUCAUUUUCACCCUCCUUUUUCCUACUUUUUCCUCCUUUUUCUCUUUUAGUGCUUCUGUUUUUUACGAGUGGGCAUGCGAGAGUGUGUUUUUACGACGAGCAGCCAGUUUAUUGCAAGUGUCGGCCUCGUCUGGGGUUAUUAAAGUUUCAGCCAAGCAUUUGGUGUGAAGUCGCAUUGCGAAUUGGUCUUCGUGGCGGCGUUGCAUCCACAAUUCCCACUCGUUAUUUUAUUGCUGAAAAGUGCAAUCAUAAAACGUUCAAGGCCCCCAAUGCCCCAAUGCAGUGCAACGAUAGGAGACAGGAGGCAGGAAUAGAAGCUAACAGGCAAACAGGGAGCAAAUAUCUGCGAAAUUGGUCAUCACUUAGCUAUUUCUCGCCACAUGCAAAGGACAUUGCGCAAAAUCUAGAAAGGGAUGUUUUAAAUAAAUAGCAGGAAAAUAUGAAACACAAUGCAAUAUUAAUCUCAUAAUAGAACACUCUUAAGCACUAGGGUUUUACAAGUAUAACUUGAGUAAUUACAAAGGCGACUGCAUAUUUUUGAUAAAAUAAACAUUCCGUUUUGUGUACCUCUGUGCAUGAAAACCAUGCAGGAAAAGCAGCAAAGACAGGAGGAAAAGCGGCUGGGGAAAUGGGCUUGUUUUUCCCCAAUGCUGUCAUUUCUGUAGCCGCAAACAAAAAACUCCCUGUUCAGUUUUCUGAAAUGGCUUUGUGCAUUUGAAAUGUGCACUUGCUUAGAAUAUGUGUACUCUCAUUUUUCAAGACUGAAAUUUCUCUGGCAAAAAGUGGAGGUCAGCAAAUACUGCUUGACAAUCGUCCAACUAAAAGCCUAUCAACACAAUUCAAAGAACAAAAACCAAAAAAAAAAAAAAAAAAGGAGCAGAGAAACAAGAGCUAUAGAUAAAUUCUACACUUCUAAAUGGCUUUUUCGACCAUUUGCAGCCAAGUCGGGCCACCACGAAUGAAGUUCCAGUGGCUAUUUGAAAAUUAAGGGGAAAGCGCAGAGGAAAAGCGAUAAAAUGUUCAAUGGCUAAUAGGAAAUAGGAAAAAGUAAACGGUUUGCUGUGUGUGAAUGUGACAAGCGAAACGGUAUUUUUAAUGGCAAGUUAAGUGAAACGUUUUUUCUAGUUUGCCCGUUUAGCGAGUGUCAAGGAAAUCUGUUCAAAUGGCUAGAAAGCCACAGAUAAAGGUGCUUGAAAGUAUGCAAUAGAUAUUAUCAUUUCUGGCAUUUAUUAAAUUAUUGGCAACGCGAAAAGGAAAACCCUCAAUGGUCGCUGAGUAUGUGUAUAAAUGUUUCAUUUGCAGCUCAUUAUCGGUGUGCGCACAGUAAUAUCAGUAAUAUCAUUACGUUCAGCUUUAAUUAAGUCAUUAAUAUAAUUAAGUUAGCUACCAGAGUAUUGGCGGACAAUACAGCUAUCACAAAUGAAAUGGCCGUCGUGAAGGGAAUCACAAAGCCGAUUGAAAUUGAAGCCUGAUGGACAGACAAGUUUCGCCAAUGCCACUCAAAUCGCUGUGAAGCGAUUGAUGAUGAGACGGUGGAAAAGCGCGAAAAAGCGCCUCAAAAUUCCAAUGUCAUGCAAAUAUUUGCCGGGGAAAUAACUGAAAAUGUAAAUAUGAGAUGUGAAUCGAGACACGGGACAAAAGGAAGUGACAGCCUGAUGUGCUCGAGGAUGUGCUGCGAAUCUGUGCUGGAAAGUGAAAAGUGGAUAGUGGAUUUCAAUGCAUUGUUCGGUCCAUUGAUGUCGUCGUGCAGCGAGGACAAGCAAACAAAUAAGCCGGAAACGUAUCGUGGAAAUGUAUACACACCACACACUUCUACUACAUAUGCACAUAUAUGCUGCGAAAAUAUGCUGGUGGAAAUAUCAGAAGCUAAAGUCGCAUAAAGGAAAAGCCACAGGCGAAAAAUUCAGCAUACACAAUAUAACUUUAAGCAUAUAACUGAAAGGAUAACAAACACCAUGUUUGCCAAGCAACAUUUGUAUACCAUGGACCACAACCUAAACAAACAAUGCCCCAAAAAUGUUGACAUUUCUAUUACACAUUCAAAAAAAAAAAACCAAAAAACACAACCGCUUUGCUACCGGUGUCUGGUUAACAAUUUGAGGUCUCCGCUGAUAAUAUGUUGUUUAUUCGGUUAGGCACUUUUGGGGGUCAAGCCGAAAAGUUUAGACUCCGCCUAUAAAUCCCACAAUACACAAUACACAACUCUGCUUAAACAAUUAUUUGGCAAUUAACCCGUAAUUUCAAUCGCAUUGAUACAAUUGAGGUGUGACAAAUCACGGGAAUUAUCAUUAGCUGCAAUUACUGAAUCACUUUGCAAUCGCGCCGUAGCUCGUUAUUUAUGCGUUCAGUUGCCUUUUUAUACGUGUGCCGUGCACUCUGCAAAUAAUGGGAUUUUAUAGAAAUUUAUUGGGUUUCAUAACUCUAUUUGGAUUCCUGCAAUUAACAAAGCAGGUGGGCAAAAAAAACCCAAAUAAAACAAAUUAAACCAUAAAGAGUAUAGUUCAUAGUUUAAGCAAUUUGAUAAUUGAUUUUUUAACACAGCACUGCUACAUGAUGAAAUUUGUGGGCGCAAGGUCCUGGGACACGCCCAGCUAUGGCCUAAAACUCAACAUGUUCGAGAAGAACAACUCGAUGUCCUCGGUGACCACGGUGCGGCAGGAUGUGGCCAUUCCGCUGUGGCACCUCGUACUCCUGCAACAUCCGCGCAAACGGAGCGCCGCAUCCGCAACGCGUGCGGAACUUCCGCGUACCCUGUAUAAUGGGACGACGAAAACGUGCGACUUUUGGAAAUACAUUCGCCACGUGUCCGCGUGGAACAAUGUGGCCAAGUUGAUACUCUCCAAAGGUGCCAGCAACAUGAGUCUCGGCUGUCCACUGAAAACGGGCGUAUACGUAAUGAAUCGCAUUCAAGUGCCGCCGGAGACGACGAUCCUGAAGUUCAUGUACCAUCCGAACACACUGUACACCCUGGAGGGCACCGUCUACUCCCUGAAUCCCAAGGACAAGGUCACCAAGAAGGCCUUGUGCUACUACGAGAUCAAUGCCACCAUCUUCAAAUCUUGUUGAGCGAAUGCAAAAAGUUUCAGUGCACCUUGCUUUUUUUUUUGAGAAUAUUAAGUUAUGGCUAUUUGUUCAAUUGGUUGUUAGUAAUUUAAGAAGGAAACUUAAACAAAUCUUUGGUAUUAUAA